AUGGCAUCAGUGAUCACAUAUACGUGUGAUACGUGCGGCAGUGAAACUUAUCAACCGGUAUCAGGGCUUUCGUUUGUUCCGGCAGUGAAUUGCCCUUCACGAGAUUGUGUAGACUCGAAAGCACACGGUCGAUUACUGAUGCAAGUGCGAGGCUCAAAAUUUGUCAAGUUUCAAGAACUGAGAAUCCAAGAAAUGCAUGAACAAGUGCCUGUUGGUAGUAUUCCUCGAUCGCUAACGAUCAACGUUCACGGUGAAAACACCCGUUUAUGUCAGCCUGGAGACGUGGUUAACGCUACUGGUGUGGUAAUACCUUAUGCGCAUCCAUCAAUGAGAAAUGCAUCGUCGAUGGCAAACGAUGUACUCUUCGAGGCGUAUCAUAUCGAGAACGUCAAUGCGGGAUGUGAAGAGGCGAUGUCAACCGAGGAUGAGUUGACUGAGGAAGAGAUCGAGUUGGUAUCGCAGGAUAAUNCAUCGUCGAUGGCAAACGAUGUUCUCUUCGAGGCGUAUCAUAUCGAGAACGUCAAUGCGGGAUGUGAAGAGGCGAUGUCAACCGAGGAUGAGUUGACUGAGGAAGAGAUCGAGUUGGUAUCGCAGGAUAAUUUCUACGAUAUUCUCGCUUAUAGUAUAGCACCUGAGAUAUACGGUCAUUUGGAUGUGAAGAAAACUUUAUUGUUGGCUUUGGUGGGCGGUGUUGAUAAAACAUCGAAUGGAAUGAAGAUUCGAGGAUGUAUCAACAUUUUGUUAAUGGGUGAUCCAGGAGUGGCUAAAUCACAGUUGUUGUCUUAUGUGGAUCGUUUGGCAGUCAGAUCGCAGUACACAACAGGUCGAGGCUCGUCAGGCGUUGGCCUGACUGCGGCCGUGAUGAAAGAUCCAAUCAGUGGUGAGAUGAUCCUGGAGGGUGGAGCGUUGGUAUUAUCAGAUCGAGGAAUAUGUUGUAUCGAUGAGUUUGACAAAAUGUUAGAUGCGGAUAGGACGGCAAUUCAUGAGGUAAUGGAACAACAAACGAUCUCAAUAGCGAAGGCAGGUAUAGUAACGACGCUGAAUGCACGAGUCUCAAUCAUAGCUGCAGCNAUCGAACAAAACGUCGACCUACCCGCUGCACUUUUAUCCAGAUUCGAUCUUAUCUGGUUGAUUCAAGAUAAACCGGAUCGUGAAAGUGACAGAAGAUUGGCUGAACACAUAACGUAUGUGCACAUGAAAGGGCACGAACCUGAGAAGAAAGAUAUGAAGCCGUUGGACAUGCAGUUGAUUCGACGUUACAUAUCAGUAUGUAAACGGAAACAACCAAUAGUUGAAGAGAAGCUGAAAGAUCGUUUGGUUGACAUGUAUAUUGAACUGAGAAAAGAUGCGCGUAACAAUAAGGUUAUUACUUUGUUUUGA